AUGGCAGCCGCCGGCGAUGCCGGCCUCGACGUGGCGGCGGUGGAAAGUUUCCUAGAGAGGCACCCGGAGCUGGUGGAGAAGUGGCUGCAGAGGAAGAACUCGCCCCCUAAAGCGCCUGCCGUCCCCGCGGCCGGCCCAUCGGAGGAGCGGCGGAGCAGCGACGGCCCCGGCUGCGGCUGGGGGAGCGCGGGCGGCCCCGGCGGCCCCGGCCCCGGGGGGCUGCAGCGCCGAGCGUCCCAGAAGGAGCUGCGGAAGAGCUUCGCCCGCUCCAAGGCUAUCCACGUCAACCUCACCUACGACGAGCAUGUGCACGGCCGGGCGCAGGAGCCGCUGAGUAGCGUGCGGCGGCGGGCGCUGCUGCGGAAGGCCAGCUCCUUGCCCCCCACCACCGCCCACAUCCUCAGCGCCCUGCUGGAGUCCCGCGUCAGCCUGCCCCAGUACCCCCCCACCGCCCUGGACUACAAGCGCUACCUCAAGGAGCACAACGAGCGCCAGUUCUUCCUGGAACUGGUCAAGGACAUCUCCAAUGACCUGGACCUCACCAGCCUCAGCUACAAGAUACUCAUCUUCGUUUGCCUCAUGGUGGACGCGGACCGGGGAUCCCUCUUCCUCGUGGAGGGGACCUCCGCCGGCAAGAAGACCCUGGUCUCCAAGUUCUUCGACGUGCACGCCGGCACCCCGCUGCUGCCCUGCGGCUCCACCGAGGACAGCAACGAAGUGCAGGUGCCCUGGGGCAAGGGCAUCAUCGGCUACGUGGCGGAGCAUGGAGAGACGGUCAACAUUCCCGACGCCUACCAGGAUCGACGCUUUAAUGAUGAGAUUGACAAACUGACUGGAUACAAGACAAAGUCACUCUUGUGCAUGCCCAUAAGAAACAGUGAUGGAGACAUUAUUGGUGUUGCCCAAGCAAUAAAUAAGACUCCAGGAGGUGCCCCUUUUUCUGAUGAUGAUGAAAAGGUGAUGCAGAUGUACCUCCCAUUCUGUGGGAUUGCCAUAUCCAACGCCCAGCUAUUUGCAGCCUCAAGGAAAGAAUAUGACAGAAGCAGGGCUUUACUGGAAGUAGUGAAUGACCUCUUUGAAGAACAGACUGACUUAGAGAAAAUUGUCAAGAAAAUUAUGCAUCGGGCCCAGACUCUGCUGAAGUGUGAGCGGUGCUCAGUAUUACUUCUGGAAGAUAUUGAAUCACCAGUGGUGAAAUUUACAAAAUCCUUUGAAUUGUUAUCUCCAAAAUGCAGUGCUGAUACUGACAACAGUUUCAAAGACAGCAUGGAAAAAUCAUCAUCUUAUUCUGACUGGCUAAUAAAUAAUAGCAUUGCUGAGCUCGUCGCUUCCACAGGUCUCCCAGUGAACAUCAGUGAUGCCUAUCAGGAUCCUCGCUUUGAUGCUGAGGCUGACCAGAUUUCUGGCUUUCACAUAAGAUCUGUUCUGUGUGUUCCUAUAUGGAACAGCACCCACCAAAUAAUUGGGGUAGCUCAAGUGUUGAACAGGCUUGAUGGGAAAUCCUUUGACGAUGCUGACCAGCGACUGUUUGAAGCUUUUGUUAUUUUUUGUGGCCUGGGUAUCAACAACACAAUUAUGUAUGACCAAGUGAAGAAAUCCUGGGCAAAACAGUCUGUGGCUCUUGACGUGUUGUCUUAUCAUGCAACAUGUUCGAAGGCAGAAGUUGAUAAAUUCAAGGCAGCAAACAUCCCUCUGGUGUCAGAGCUUGGCAUUGACGAUAUCCAUUUUGAUGACUUCUCACUCGAUGUGGAUGCCAUGAUUACUGCAGCCCUGCGGAUGUUCAUGGAGCUUGGAAUGGUUCAGAAAUUUAAAAUUGACUAUGAGACGCUGUGUAGGUGGCUUUUGACGGUGCGGAAGAACUAUCGAAUGGUUUUGUAUCACAACUGGAGGCACGCUUUCAACGUCUGCCAGCUGAUGUUUGCCAUGUUAACUACCGCAGGAUUUCAGGAGAUUCUAACUGAAAUUGAAAUUUUAGCUUUGAUUGUGGGAUGCUUAUGUCAUGACCUUGACCACAGGGGAACCAACAAUGCCUUCCAAGCCAAGAGUGGAUCAGCCUUAGCUCAGCUCUACGGCACCUCUGCUACCUUGGAGCACCACCAUUUCAAUCAUGCUGUCAUGAUUCUCCAAAGUGAGGGUCACAACAUCUUUGCUAACUUGUCCUCUAAGGACUACAGUGACCUUAUGCAGCUUCUAAAGCAAUCGAUAUUGGCAACAGACCUCACUCUGUAUUUUGAGAGAAGGACAGAGUUUUUUGAACUUGUCAGUAAAGGCGGUUAUGAUUGGAAUACAAAAAACCACCGAGAAAUAUUUCGAUCAAUGCUAAUGACAGCCUGUGACCUUGGAGCUGUGACCAAACCGUGGGAGAUUUCAAGACAGGCAACCGAGCUGGUAACAAGUGAGUUCUUUGAACAAGGAGACAGAGAAAGAUCUGAACUGAAACUCACCCCUUCAGCCAUUUUUGAUCGGAACAGGAAGCAUGAACUACCCAGGUUGCAGCUUGAGUGGAUUGAUAGCAUCUGCAUGCCACUGUAUGAGUGUCUAGUGAAGCUGAAUGUGAAACUGAAGCCUAUGCUGGACUCCGUGGCAGUAAAUAGAGGUAAAUGGGAGGAGCUGCACCAAAAAAAACUUCCUUCUCAGGCGGCAUCCUUGUCCUCCUUUUCCUCUAGCUUCACCAUGUCUCUCAAAGACAUAAAUUAAGCCUGGAAAUAUCAGUGUCACUUUACAAUAAGAGCU